AUGGCGUCCGCCCUCGCUCCUGGCCUCGCCAGGAAGGUCAAAAAGAUCCUCGAGAUCAAGACAGAGUCCCCCGAGCUGGUCAGCGCCCUCAGCACACUGUCGGGCUUCUACGACCAGAACGGCGCCGCCGAGCGCCGGCAGCUGCGCAGCGCCGUAGAGCGGCGCGGGCUCGACAUAAACCGGCAGUUCCUGGACGCGGCAGAGACCGUCAUCCGGUCGCUCGACGAUGUACAGGCGCAGCUCGACGCCCUGGCGGCCAGCUGCACCUCCAUGACCGAGGCUGUCGCGUCAGCCAAGACCAGCGGCGGCGCGCUGCUGGCCGAGGCCGACAAGCUGGGCCGCGAGGCGGCGGCGGUGGAGUCCAAGGCGGCGCUGGUGGAGCAGUUUUUGGAGCAGUACCAGCUCACGCCCGAGGAGGUGGCAGCCCUGCAGGGUGGCCAGGUCGGCCCCGCCUUUUUCGGCGCGCUGGCCCGCGUUCGCGCAAUCCACGACAAUUGCCGGCAGCUGCUGCGCAGCCACCACCAGCGCGCGGGGCUGGAGCUGAUGGACCAGAUGAGUCACUACCAGGAGGGCGCCUACGAGCACCUGUGCAGGUGGGUGCAGUCCGAGUGCCGCAACCUGGGGGAGCACGACGCCCCCGAGGUCGACCCAACUCUCACCGCCGCCGUCGCGGCGCUGCGCCAGCGGCCCGUCCUCUUUAAGUACUGCGCCGAGGAGGUCGCCUCUGCGCGCCACGGCGCGCUCUUCCAGCGCUUUGUCGUCGCCCUCACGCGCGGCGGCCCCGGCGGCGUGCCCGCACCGAUCGAGAUCCACGCGCACGACCCGCGGCGCUACGUGGCCGACAUGAUGGCGUGGGCGCACCAGGCCCUCGCGGGGGAGCGCGAGUUUGUGAUGGCGCUGUUCGGCGAGGGCGGGGACGACGGCAGCGGCGGCUUCGGCGCGAGCAGCGGCGGCGGCGGCGGCUUCGCGGGGCCGGAGGGGCAGCAGCAGCAGCAGCAGCAGCAGCAGCAGCGUGGGAGCGACCCGAGCGGCGGCGGCGGCGGCGGCGGCGGCGGCGGCGGCGACGCGCCGAGCAGCGUGGCGCUGCUGGACAGGAUCUUCGAGGGCGUCUGCCGCCCGCUGCGCGUGCGGGUCGAGCAGGUCAUAAUGAUGUCACCGCCCCUGCUGCUGUGCUUCCAGCUGUCCCAGCUGGGGGCCUUCUACCACGACCUCGUCUCGCGCAUCCUGGGGCCGUCCGCGGCGCUGAGCACGACGCUGGCGGGCUGCCGCGACAUGGCGCGCCGCGCGUUCUUCGAGCAGCUCCGCGCCGCGGGUGACCGGCUGCUGCGCGCGCCGCCGGCGCCGGCCGCGGACCUGCUGCCGCCGCCGCAGGUCGCGGCGACGCUCGCGACGCUCUCGGAGAUCGUCGCCGCGCACGAGGGCGCGCUCGGCGGCUCGGCGGCCGGCGGCGACGGCGGCGGCGGCGGCGACGAGGGGAUGUCUCAGGUGCUGGACGCCGUCCUGGAGCCAAUGCUUGAGAUGUGCCGCCGCAGCAGCGAGGCGCUGCGCCCCGACAGCGGCGCGCGGCUCGACGAGGCGCCGGCGCAGCUCGACCCCUCCGCGCAGCCGGCGUUCCUGCUGAACUGCGUGUCCGCGGCCCAGGCCGCGCUCGCGCCGCACGCGUGCUGUGCGCCGCGGGCGGCGGCGCUGGCGGGGGCGGCUGAGGAGCUGGUACGGCAGCUGGUGCGCGGCGAGGUGGCGCGGCUGCUGGGCCGCUGCGGGCUGGCUGAGGUGGCGGAGCGCGUGCGGCUGUAUAAGGCGUCCGGCGGCGGCUCCGGCCCUCUGGCGUCCGAUCCAUCCCUGUCCCUGCACACGGUCAGCGAAGCGCUGCGCAGCUUCUUCGUCCUCGUAUCUAGCCCGGACGCGCUGCCGGAGUUCCGCUCAGUGCAGCAGCCGCGCCUGCGAGGAGAGGCGAUUGCGAGGGUCGCGUCAUCCCUGGCCGAGGCUUACGACCUGGUCUACACCAUGCUGGGGGACCCCAGCAGCGGGUACCCAGAGGCAGGCGGUGCCGCGGGCAUCAAGCACACGCCCGCGCAGGUCCGAACAAUCCUGGGCGUGGCCGGGUGA